AUGACAAUUAAGUGCAUUUCCUCAUUAAUUCUACUAGUUUUGCCAUUAAUCUUGGCAUAUCAUACCUUUGCGCAGCCCCAAAUCUUUGAUAUUACAACUUAUGGUGCUACACCGGAUACAGAUAUCAGUGAGGCUUUAUUGAAUGCAUGGGAGGAUGCAAUUGUAUCAGCAAAUGAAAGCAAAAUAGUGAUUCCACAAGGAACAUGGAUGCUAAGCCAAGCGGAAUUAGCCGGUCCGGGUUUGGGUCCUAUUGAGAUUGAAAAUCAAGGCACUGUUUUAGCAAAUGCAGAUCCUAAUUCCAUGCCCAACCCCAAAGCCCAAUGGAUCGCGGUUAAUUACGUCAAUUCCUUCACCCUCUCCGGCCACGGCGUUUUCGACGGUCAGGGCGCCCUGCAAGCCUGGGCAACCAACGACUGCAACGUCAAUAGGAAUUGCUCCAAGCUUCCAAUUAACUUGAGCUUCAAUUUUAUGAACAACUCCGUGAUUCAAGAUGUUACUAGCAAAGACAGCAAGAAUUUUCAUAUAAACUGUCUAGCAUGCAUGAACGUGAGCUUCAUCCGGCUGACGGUUGUUGCCCCGGGCGACAGUCCGAACACCGACGGAAUCCACGUGGCCCGGUCCACGAUGGUCAACAUCGCCGAUUCCGUGAUCGCAACGGGAGACGACUGCGUGUCGAUGGGCGACGAUCUCACACAAGUCUACAUCCACAAUGUAACUUGCGGGCCGGGCCACGGCAUCAGCAUUGGAAGCCUUGGAAGGAACCUCAAUGAGAGGAACAUUUCUGGCAUAUACGUCAAGAAUUGCAGCUUCAUCCAAACUCAGAAUGGUGUGAGGAUCAAGACAUGGCCAUCUGCCCCAGCCACCAUCAUAUUGUCUAACCUUCACUUCGAAAAUUUGAUCAUGCAAAAUGCUAGUAAUCCUAUUAUCAUCGAUCAACAAUACUGCCCUUGGAAUUUGUGCAAUUUAACUAGCCCAUCACUUAUCGAAAUUAGGCAAGUGAGAAUCAAGAAUGUGAAGGGGACAACAAGUAGUUCACACGCGGUGAAGCUUUCUUGCAGUUCAGCUAAGCCAUGCGACGAUGUGAAAAUUGGAGAUGUAGAUAUUACAAGUGCUAAAAUGGAAGGAACCAAGCUCGGAUUUUCCUUGAGGUAAUUGCUAAACAAAAACUAUUAA